UCUACUGGUUUUAGCUGAAAGGAGCCAUAGUAAGAUACUGAAGGUCUAUUGGUUUUAACUGAAAAGAGCCAUAGUAAGAUACUGAAGGUCUAUUGGUUUCAUCUGAAAGGAGCCAUAGUAAGAUAAUGAAGGUCUACUGGUUUUAGCUGAAAGGAGCCAUAGUAAGAUACUGAAGGUCUAUUGGUUUUAACUGAAAGGGGCCAUAGUAAGAUAAUGAAGGUCUAUUGGUUUUAGCUGAAAGGAGCCAUAGUAAGAUACUGAAGGUCUACUGGUUGAUAUCUGGUUCUGAUCUUUAUAAUUUAUGUUUAUUUGUUAGACCAAUUGUCUCUUUCAGGAAUAAUGGAGACUGGACCAGACAGUCUGUUUGUGACUCUCCUGCUUCUCAUCCACAGUUCACACUCUGAGAAGUUUGAGGUUCUUGGUCCAACUGAUCCAAUUGUUGCUGUAGCUGGUGAUGACAUCAUUCUGCCCUGUUACCUCAAACCCAACAUCAGUGCUGAGGACAUGGCAGUGGACUGGCUGAACCUCGACUUCUUAGGCAGUCAUGUCUAUCACUACCAAAACAGAAAAAUCAUACAAGAUAAUCAGAUAACCUCAUACACUGGUAGAAAUUCACUGUUUAAAGAGGAACUGUGGAGGGGCAACACCUCUUUGAAACUGACCAGGGUACAAGGCACUGAUGAGGGACUUUACAAAUGCUUUAUUAAGGCAAAGAGAUGGGAUCAUGAUCUCAUUAUUCAAGUCCUCGUUAAAGCUGUAGGAUCCAAGCCAGUGGUGUCCAUUGAGGGACACAGAGAGGGAGGGAUGGGUCUGCUGUGUGAAACAGAAGGCUGGCACCCUCAGCCUGAGCUGGUGUGGCUGGACAGUAAAGGAGUCAAUCUCUCUGCUGGUCCUCCUGAGAUACAUAGAGACUUAAAAGGAUUCUACACAGUGAAACAACAUGUCAUUGUCCAAGAGACUGACACCAACCGCUUUACCUGCAGAGUCCAACAGAACCGGAUCAAUGAGAAGAUGGAGACAGAGGUUCACCUCCCUAGUGAGUUAUUUGAUUACGCAACCCCAUUGAGAAUGGCCUUCAUUGUGUUAUGCUGUCGGGGAGCCAUCACUGUGAUUGGGUUAGCUCUGGCUAUCUACUGCAUAUGCAUUAAGAAAGGUGAUUAA